UCAUCUCACCCCACUCCCGCUCGGUACCCGUCCCGUGCUCCGCCGCCGCCGCCGCCAUGUUCUACUCGCACACGAUCCUGGCCAAGAAGAGCCCGCUGGGCACGGUGUGGAUCGCCGCCCACCUCGAGCGCAAGAUCAAGAAGCCGCAGAUCGACGGCAUCGACAUCCCCUCCUACGCCGAAUGUAUCAUGUUCCCAGAAGUUCCAAUUGCUCUGAGGUUGUCAGGGCAUCUUCUUCUAGGUCUAGUUCGCAUUUAUUCGUGGAAGGUAAAUUACCUCUUCCACGAUUGUAACCGGAUGCUAAGCACAAUCAGAACUGCCUUUGCCUCUGUGCAAGUAGCUCUGCCUCUUGAUGCAGACCGUGCAGCAUUUGAUUCCAUCACAUUGCCAGAUACAUUCAAUCUUGAUGACUUAAACCUAGACGAUGCAACUUGUCAGAUAGAUACUCCGGAUAUUCAUCGGAAGAGUCUGGACCAGAUUACCUUGGCUGAUGGAGAUUAUGUGAUGAUUGAUCUUGAUGAGGAUGCUAGAGUAGAGCUAUCAACUCCUCGACGAUCUUUACACAUGGGACCUGAACCAACUGAGGAAGAGAGAUUACCUCCAUUCCACAUCAAUUUCGAAUCAAAUGAUAAUCUGGAUAACGGAAUAUCAAUAGAUCGUCCCCAAGGCAACUCAGAGGCAGUGAAACCCAGUAACAUAAACCAGGCAGAUAAAGCACCAGAUUUACCAGAAAUAAUGCGUGAAGCACCAUUUCAGGGUCCUGAACUGAACUUACCAGAUAGUGAUGAGGUAAUCAAUGACCCCAUGGAUGUGACCGAGGAACCUUCACCUUUUGUGUCCAAGAAUAUCACCCCUCCUACAAUGGAAAAAAUUAUAUCCCCUGGUCAAGGAUUAUCUGGGACAUCCAUUCCCAGUGUACAACGAACAACCAGUACCACAUAUGACAAUAUUGAAGAUGUUGUGCCAAUACAUGAUGGAAUGCCUGAUUUAAUGAUCGAACCAUCUCCACCUCAAGUUCAAGAUAACAGGAGGAAUGCACAACCAAAUGUACAAUAUAAGAACAAGAGAAAGAGAAAGCCGAUAUAUGAUGAGGAAAUAGUGUUCUCCAAUGCCUACAUGAAGAAACAAAUUUAUGGUGAUCAGCAUCAUCUGGUCAGCAAGAGGAGGAAACUACCUCAAGCAGCGGUGGAUGUGUGGAAAUUUAGUAGGUUUCACCAAAAAGAAGGCUUCUUGCUUGAGCCAUUGGUCCAUGGGAUGUGCGCUAAACUACGGCAAACCUAUGAGAGAACCUUCCCCCAUGUGGUUGACCCUGAUCCUGAAUCAGGAUCUGUGGAGCACUCUCCUGGGGUAUCGAAUGUCCAUAUCCAGGAUGCACUUGAUCACCAGCUCUCCCCAAAGUCUCCAGGAAGCACAGAUGUACAACCUGAAGAUCAGCUUAAUCAGCAAGCUCCAAGAAAUUUAGAUGGACAACCUGAACCUGAAGUUAACCCAAAGUCUCCAGUAAACGCAGAUGCACAACCUGAACCACAGCUUCAUCCGAAAUCCCCAAGAAAUGCAGACGCACAGGCUGAACCUGAGCUCAACGCAAAGUCUCCUGGCGAUGCAGGCACAUCAUGCUUUGAAGAUAUGCCUGAGAUCCCUCGAUUCUCGCCGCAAAAUAUUCCAUCUCCAGCAGGAGACGAUGAUUCUCCUUUCAAAACUCCUGGUGCUACUCGAACUCCGAAAUCUGGACCUGGAGGAACUGCUGCUACUGGAACACCACUAGCAGAUAUGAGCUACAUGUCACCUGUGCAGGACUCACAUCCUGAAUUCUCUCCUUUUCCAUUUAAUGAUGAACUUGAUGGAGAUUUGCCAGAGAUUCCAAGCCUCAUAAGUACUCCUGGAGUAAUAUCUACAGCGGGUACUGGGACCACAGGAUUGGGAAGCAUGUCUGCUAGGACACGGGCUGUGGCGCAGUACUUCAAAGAUCACAUGGCUUCAGCUACAUCAGAUGACCAACCUGGUAAAUUUAGUCUGAACAAAAUCUUGGAAGGGAGAGCCAGAAAACAAGCUGCACGGAUGUUUUUUGAAACAUUGGUUCUAAAAAGUUAUGAUUAUAUUGAUGUACAACAAGACGAAGCAUAUGGUGAUAUAGCAGUUUCAGUUAAACCCUCACUCUCAGGAGCCAAACUUUAACCAACUCAGCUGCUUAUAAUCAUAUAGAAAAGAUCUGUUUUGAUCCGCGGGGAGGAUCUCUGGUGGGAUUUGCAGCGAUGGCCUGAAUAAUGAAUGCCCUUAUGCGACAUGGCUGGCUAGUCUACUCCAGUUUUUUGCACUUAAAUUACUAGAGCAAGUGGCUUUCCAUUUCAUUUAGGCUGAGGUUGCAAAUUCUGUAGUUGUAAAGCUGUAGCCCUGGUAGAUAUCUAAAGCCAAUACAUCUUCAGUUAGGACUUCAUGCCUAUGCUUUCUUGGCAGCAAGCGCAGUGAACAAGGAAUCAAAUGAAGACAAGAAAAUUGUGCAUUUGCUGUUUAAUUGCAUGGUAGUGAUAUGUUAACAUUAGUUGAAAUGUUGGAUGGCUAAUGUGCGACAUUUAAUCAACUUUAUAAAUAUUAGUGUUUAUAGUCUGAUAUCUUGAGCGUACCAGAAUCCAACAGUCUGUUAAGUUCCGUUAUUCACCAUCCGUU